UUUCUUUGCGUUACAUGUAUUGUUCACUGUGCUCUGCAGAGGUACAUGUGAGAGAUGGGAAGAGAGAAGGACGCUAAAGGAGAAGGGAAGGCCAAACACAAAGCAACGAAGCUGAAAAAGCUGAGUGAUAAUGAAGGCGCUGUGGCCGGGGGAGAUGCGAUCAAGAACAGUGCAAAGACAACUAAAGCUGCAGAGAAAACUGAAAAUGGAAAGCCUCAUAAAAAGGUCAAGACGCCUAAGACUGAACCACUAGAGUCAGCCAGCAGUACCAGAGAGUCGGUGAAACCGGAGCCAGAGGAUGGAGACUUUGCUGCAAAGAAAACCGGAUUGAAAAGGAAAAGAAUUAAGGAUGAGGCCAUGGAAGGCCCUUCACGCUCCUCUGCUUCACCUACCUCAAAGACGAAAAAUAAGCGACAUGAAGAAGAAGCUCAGAAAAUGAAGUUGAAGAAGAGAACAGAGAAGACGGUGAAAAAAGAGGAAGGGGAGCACCCAGUCUCCAAAAAACCAAAGAGGACGAAAGAGGAUAUUGAGGGGGCAAAACAGUUGAAGAUCAAAAAGAAGGAGGAGGAGCAGCAGAGUCGCUGGAGAUGGUGGGAGGAGGAGAAGUAUGAAGAUGGGGUGAAAUGGAAGUUCCUGGAACACAAUGGACCCUCCUUCCCUCCUGAGUACCAGCCUCUGCCGAACAACGUUCACUUCUCCUAUAAUGGUAAGAAGGUGAAGCUGAGCCUGGCAGCUGAAGAGGUGGCAUUGUUCUUUGCCCAGAUGUUGGACCACGAGUACACCACCAAGAAGGUGUUCCGGGAGAACUACUUUAAAGACUGGAGGAAGGAAAUGACCCAUGAGGAGAGGUUGCUGAUCAAAGAUCUUGAUAAGUGUGACUUUGGAGAGCUCCAUGCCAUGCAUAAAGCCAAGGUGGAGGCCAGGAAAGUCCUGACCAAAGAGGAGAAACUGGUUUUGAAAGAGGCCAACCAGAAGGUGGUGGAUGAAUACGGCUACUGUCUGCUGGACCACCACAAAGAGCGCAUCGGCAACUUUAAGAUUGAGCCUCCGGGGCUGUUCCGUGGUAGAGGCGAGCAUCCAAAACAGGGCAUGCUGAAGAAGAGGAUCCAACCGGAGGAUGUCAUCAUCAACUGCAGCAAAGAAUCCCGCAUCCCCGUGCCGCCUACUGGUCACCGCUGGAAGGAGGUUCGACACGACAACGCUGUGACAUGGCUAGCCAGCUGGACUGAGAACAUCCAGAGCGCCAUUAAAUACAUCAUGCUGAAUGCCAACUCCAAACUCAAGACACUCACACCUAACCGCGCCCGUAGCUCCUCACAGGAUGCCGAUUGGUCCGAAACACUGUAG